AUGGUUUUCCAAAAGGGUGGAUACGAUAAAGUUGGAUUUACCAACAAAGACCUACAUAACCACAUUAGUAAGACUAGGCAUGGCAAAGUGAAAGACGGUGAUGCUUUUGCUGCGUUGGCCGAUCUAUUGUCCAAGUUAGACAGUGACCUGUUAUUUCUAGAAAAGUUCACCUUAAAAGAUGGUAAGUUGGAUAAUUUGGUGUGGGUUGAUGAAGCAAGCGUUGUUGAUUACGAAUGUUUUGGCAAUGUACUGGCUUUUGACACCACAUACAAGAAAAAUGUCUACAACAAGCCCUUAGUCAUAUUUUCAAGGACCAACCACCAUGUCAAAAUAACUAUCUUUGGAGGUGCCUUGCUUUCUGAUGAAAGGUCUGAAACAUUCAAGUGGACACUGAAGGAAUUUUUGGAAAUCAUGUCUGACAAACUACUCGGAGACAUUGUGACAGACGAGGACCACGCUAUGAGAGACGCCAUCUUAGAAUUAUUUCCUGAUAUACCACACCGCCUUUUUUAUUGCAAAAAUAUUUCAAAAAAAUCAAGUGAGAUCAUAUCGAAAUACGGACUUGCUGAGAAUGAAUGGGUCCACGGUAAAACCAGUCUCUUUGAAUUCAUGCAUAAAUUCAGUGAAGUACUAAGGUAUUACCGAAACAACCAUCUUACUGUUGACUUUGAUACCUUUUAUAAGUUUCCUGUUUUGACUACGUGCUUGGAAAGUUUUGAGAAAAAAGCUGCUGAAAUUUAUAAUAGAAAUAUUUUCAAACUUGUAAAAGAUGAGAUAGAAACAGCAGGUGCAUUAAAUGUGACUGAAUGCCCAAACAGUGGAGAUAUUGUUGAGUACAACAUGAGUGAGUAUUUUAAUCAGCAAGGGCUAUUUAAAGUAUCUUACAAUAAAGACAAGGACCUGUUUGUGUGUGAAUGUAGGCUAUUUGAGACUCGUGGAUUAUCGUGCUCCCACAUCUUUGGGGUCUUGAAGCAUCGCAAUGCAAAAUGCGUCCAUUCAUCUGUUAUCCUUAAAAGAUAG